GGUUCUCUGUGUCAGUACCUGAGUCUGCAGACAGGAGACUGGGUCAGCUGCUGUCGCCUCACACACUCUGUCACACGGGGUCUGGCCUACCUGCACACCGAGCUGCUGAGAGGAGGUAGGAGUCACCUUCACACACACUCACUGUGCUCCCUCACCGUCACAACCCUUCAUUCCAUUCACAUGUUCAGACAGCUCCAGUGAAACACUGUCUCCCAUCGUCAAACCUUCAGAAUGUGAUAAAUCACUGAGGAGGAUUUUUACUGCCUUCUCGUGUGUGUGUGUGUGUGUGUGUGUGUGUGUGUGUGUGUGUGUGUGUGUGUGUGUGUGUGUGUAAAGAUGAAUGUGUUUUCAGGAUACAGGCAGUUCCAAAAACCAAUUGUUGAGAGUUGUAUGGUUUGUUUAACUUUGCAGUCAUUGUUUUUUGUUUGACAUACAUUUGAAAGUGAAAUAUCGGAGUCUCCACAUCACCCUGUUAACAUGCAAUUGCCCAUACAUGUUUCAUUGUCUGCUUACAGACAUGCAUCACAUGUUAGGGAAAUGGUUAGGUAGUUUCGACAGCUCACUAUCACUUCCACACUCCGUUCCCCCAGGGGGCAGCAGCAACCUUGUCCAUGUGCUGAGCCUGGUUGAUAAGCACAUCAGGUGUUACCAAUUAGGGAUUGUCAGUCAGGGUCCCAGUUUGAGAGCUGUGAGGCUGCUGGUUGGUUUGGUGACCAUCAGGGCUUUCCUUUUGAUUUAGAAUCUUUAGUUUAGUCUAGUGGUCCUUUAGGGGCAUGCCUGUUUCUAGUGGUCCUUUAGGCAUGCCUGUUUCUAGUGGUCCUUUAGGGGCAUGCCUGUUUCUAGUGGUCCUUUAGGGGCAUGCCUGUUUCUAGUGGUCCUUUAGGGGCAUGCCUGUUUCUAGUGGUCCUUUAGGGGCAUGCCUGUUUCUAGUGGUCCUUUAGGGGCAUGCCUGUUUCUAGUGGUCCUUUAGGCAUGCCUGUUUCUAGUGGUCCUUUAGGCAUGCCUGUUUCUAGUGGUCCUUUAGGGGCAUGCCUGUUUCUAGUGGUCCUUUAGGGCAUGCCUGUUUCUAGUGGUCCUUAGGGGCAUGCCUGUUUCUAGUGGUCCUUUAGGGGCAUGCCUGUUUCUAGUGGUCCUUUAGGGGCCAUGCCUGUUUUCUAGUGGUCCUUUAGGGGCAUGCCUGUUUCUAGUGGUCCUUUAGGGCAUGCCUGUUUCUAGUGGUCCUUUAGGGCAUGCCUGUUUCUAGUGGUCCUUUAGGCAUGCCUGUUUCUAGUGGUCCUUUAGGGGCAUGCCUGUUUUCUUCUAGUGGUCCUUUAGGCAUGCCUGUUUCUGUGGUCCUUUAGGGGCAUGCCUGUUUUUAGUGGUCCUUUAGGCGCAUGCCAUGUUUCUAGUGGUCCUUUGGCAUGCCUGUUCUAGUGGUCCUUUAGGGGCAUGCCUGUUUCUAGUGGUCCUUUAAGUGGGCAUGCCUGUUUCUAGUGGUCCUUUAGGGGCAUGCCUGUUUCUAGUGGGCCUUUUAGGGGCAUGCCUGUUUUCUAGUGGUCCUUUAGGGGCAUGCCUUGUUUCUAGUGGUCUUUAGGGGCAUGCCUGUUUCUAGUGGUCCUUUAGGGGCAUGGCCUGUGGUCUAGUGGUCCUUUAGGGGCUGCCUGUUUCUAGUGGUCCUUUAGGGGCAUGCCUGUUUCUAGUGGUCCUUUAGGGGCAUGCCUGUUUCUAGUGGUCCUUUAGGGGCAUGCCUGUUUCUAGUGGUCCUUUAGGCAUGCCUGUUUCUAUUGGUCCUUUAGGCAUGCCUGUUUCUAGUGGUCCUUUAGGGGCAUGCCUGUUUCUAGUGGUCCUUUAGGCAUGCCUGUUUCUAGUGGUCCUUUAGGCAUGCCUGUUUCUAGUGGUCCUUUAGGGGCAUGCCUGUUUCUAGUGGUCCUUUAGGGGCAUGCCUGUUUCUAGUGGUCCUUUAGGCAUGCCUGUUUCUAGUGGUCCUUUAGGGGCAUGCCUGUUUCUAGUGGUCCUUUAGGCAUGCCUGUUUCUAGUAGUCCUUUAGGGGCAUGCCUGUUUCUAGUGGUCCUUUAGGGGCAUGCCUGUUUCUAGUGGUCCUUUAGGGGCAUGCCUGUUUCUAGUGGUCCUUUAGGCAUGCCUGUUUCUAGUGGUCCUUUAGGCAUGCCUGUUUCUAGUGGUCCUUUAGGGGCAUGCCUGUUUCUAGUGGUCCUUUAGGGGCAUGCCUGUUUCUAGUGGUCCUUUAGGGGCAUGCCUGUUUCUAGUGGUCCUUUAGGCAUGCCUGUUUCUAGUGGUCCUUUAGGCAUGCCUGUUUCUAGUGGUCCUUUAGGGGCAUGCCUGUUUCUAGUGGUCCUUUAGGGGCAUGCCUGUUUCUAGUGGUCCUUUAGGGGCAUGCCUGUUUCUAGUGGUCCUUUAGGGGCAUGCCUGUUUCUAGUGGUCCUUUAGGCAUGCCUGUUUCUAGUGGUCCUUUAGGGGCAUGCCUGUUUCUUGUGGUCCUUUUUUAAUCUAUUUGUUUCGGUAACCAUCUGAACAUUAUAAUCCGCUUGGGCUCACCGACCGACAGAGCUGGCCAUGGACCUAAGGUAAGGUUGCUGUCUCCCUGGACCCAAGGUAAGGUUGCCGUCUCCCUGGACCCAAGGUAAGGUUGCUGUCUCCCUGGACCCAAGGUAAGGUUGCCGUCUCCCUGGACCAAGGUAAGGUUGCUGUCUCCCUGGACUAAGGUAAGGUUGCUGUCUCCCUGGACCAAGGUAAGGUUGCUGUCUCCCUGGACCAAGGUAAGGUUGCUGUCUCCCUGGACCAAGGUAAGGUUGCUGUCUCCCUGGACCAAGGUAAGGUUGCUGUCUCCCUGGACCAAGGUAAGGUUGCCGUCUCCCUGGACCUAAGGUAAGGUUGCCGUCUCCCUGGACCAAGGUAAGGUUGCCGUCUCCCUGGACCAAGGUAAGGUUGCCGUCUCCCUGGACCAAGGUAAGGUUGCUGUCUCCCUGGACCAAGGUAAGGUUGCCGUCUCCCUGGACCUAAGGUAAGGUUGCCGUCUCCCUGGACCUAAGGUAAGGUUGCCGUCUCCCUGGACCCAAGGUAAGGUUGCUGUCUCCCUGGACCCAAGGUAAGGUUGCCGUCUCCCUGGACCCAAGGUAAGGUUGCCGUCUCCCUGGACCUAAGGUAAGGUUGCCGUCUCCCUGGACCCAAGGUAAGGUUGCUGUCUCCCUGGACCAAGGUAAGGUUGCUGUCUCCCUGGACCAAGGUAAGGUUGCCGUCUCCCUGGACCAAGGUAAGGUUGCCGUCUCCCUGGACCAAGGUAAGGUUGCCGUCUCCCUGGACCAAGGUAAGGUUGCUGUCUCCCUGGACCAAGGUAAGGUUGCCGUCUCCCUGGACCCAAGGUAAGGUUGCCGUCUCCCUGGGAACAUGUGCAUCCAACACGGUCCUCAAACGCUGAUUUCUCACAUAAAUACAUACAUUCAUUCAGGUUACAGACCAUGUAACUAGGCCUAGGACCCUAGACAAAGCCAGUGCAACUGUUUCCGUAGGCUAGCUGUUGGUUUCGUAACACAUGCUAUUCAUUAAUGUAUCACAUGUUUACUUGUGUUAUUAGUUAAUGUAGCACAUAUUUCCUUGUGCUUCUUAAAUGUUUAAAUUAAGAUAUAAAUAUAAUUUUAAUGACCAAUAAAGGUUUCUGUCUGUCAGCGUCCCCAAUGGCACCCUAUUCCCUACAUAGUGCACUACUUUAGACCAGUUCCCUAUGGGCUCUAUGUAGGGAUUAGGGUGCCAUCUGGGACACUGACAAUGGCUUCCUCUGGCCCCUUACCUCUGGCUGUACCUAGCCUGGUUGGUUGUGGUCUGGGUUGGCUGUGUGUUGUGAGCCCAGCCACGUGGAGGCAGGAGACAGGACGCCAACUCAGCUGCCAGACGGGCGGAAGCAUGUCACACACACAUUCCACGAUCUCGUCACACACACACACACACACACACUCCUCGUCACAUGCACGUAUCCACACACACACACUCCUCCUUUCGGGGUGAAGCAGCUAAUGUGCACAUCUGGGUCAGACUGUCACACAGACGGCUGGUUCACUCACAUACAGUAUGAAUGGUGCUCUAUGGGGCGGUCUGUCUGUAUACAGUAUGAAUGGUGCUCUAUGGGGCAGUCUGUCUAUACAGUAUGAAUGGUGCUCUAUGGGGCAGUCUGUCUAUACAGUAUGAAUGGUGCUCUCUGGGGCAGACUGUCUAUACACUAUGAAUGGUGCUCUCUGGGGCAGACUGUCUGUAUACAGUAUGAAUGGUGCUCUCUGGGGCAGUCUGUCUGUAUACAGUAUGAAUGGUGCUCUCUGGGGCAGACUGUCUGUAUACAGUAUGAAUGGUGCUCUCUGGGGCAGACUGUCUGUAUACAGUAUGAAUGGUGCUCUCUGGGGCAGACUGUCUGUAUACAGUAUGAAUGGUGCUCUCUGGGGCAGACUGUCUGUAUACAGUAUGAAUGGUGCUCUCUGGGGCAGACUGUCUGUAUACAGUAUGAAUGGUGCUCUCUGGGGCAGUCUGUCUGUAUACAGUAUGAAUGGUGCUCUCUGGGGCAGACUGUCUGUAUACAGUAUGAAUGGUGCUCUCUGGGGCAGUCUGUCUAUACAGUAUUAAUGGUGCUCUCUGGGGCAGUCUGUCUAUACAGUAUGAAUGGUGCUCUAUGGGGCAGACUGUCACACAGACGGCUGGUUCACUCACAUACAGUAUGAAUGGUGCUCUCUGGGGCAGACUGUCUGUAUACAGUAUGAAUGGUGCUCUCUGGGGCAGACUGUCUGUAUACAGUAUGAAUGGUGCUCUCUGGGGCAGACUGUCUGUAUACAGUAUGAAUGGUGCUCUCUGGGGCAGUCUGUCUGUAUACAGUAUGAAUGGUGCUCUCUGGGGCAGACUGUCUGUAUACAGUAUGAAUGGUGCUCUCUGGGGCAGUCUGUCUAUACAGUAUUAAUGGUGCUCUCUGGGGCAGUCUGUCUAUACAGUAUGAAUGGUGCUCUAUGGGGCAGACUGUCACACAGACGGCUGGUUCACUCACAUACAGUAUGAAUGGUGCUCUCUGGGGCAGACUGUCUGUAUACAGUAUGAAUGGUGCUCUAUGGGGCAGACUGUCUAUACAGUAUGAAUGGUGCUCUAUGGGGUAGUCUGUCUAUACAGUAUGAAUGGUGCUCUCUGGGUCAGUCUGUCUGUCUAUACACUAUGAAUGGUGCUCUCUGGGGCAGUCUGUCUAUACAGUAUGAAUGGUGCUCUAUGGGGUAGUCUGUCUAUACAGUAUGAUUGGUGCUCUCUGGGGCAGUCUGUCUAUACAGUGUGAAUGGUGCUCUAUGGGGUAGUCUGUCUAUACAGUGUGAAUGGUGCUCUAUGGGGUAGUCUGUCUAUACAGUAUGAAUGGUGCUCUAUGGGGCAGUCUGUCUAUACAGUGUGAAUGGUGCUCUAUGGGGCAGUCUGUCUAUACAGUGUGAAUGGUGCUCUAUGGGGCAGUCUGUCUAUACAGUGUGAAUGGUGCUCUCUGGGGUAGUCUGUCUAUACAGUGUGAAUGGUGCUCUAUGGGGCAGUCUGUCUAUACAGUAUGAAUGGUGCUCUCUGGGGCAGUCUGUCUAUACAGUUUGAAUGGUGCUCUAUGGGGUAGUCUGUCUAUACAGUGUGAAUGGUGCUCUAUGGGGUAGUCUGUCUAUACAGUAUGAAUGGUGCUCUCUGGGGCAGUCUGUCUAUACAGUAUGAAUGGUGCUCUCUGGGGCAGACUGUCUAUACAGUGUGAAUGGUGCUCUAUGGGGCAGUCUGUCUAUACAGUAUGAAUGGUGCUCUCUGGGGUAGUCUGUCUAUACAGUGUGAAUGGUGCUUUAUGGGGCAGUCUGUCUAUACAGUAUGAAUGGUGCUCUAUGGGGUAGUCUGUCUAUACAGUGUGAAUGGUGCUCUCUGGGGCAGUCUGUCUAUACAGUAUGAAUGGUGCUCUAUGGUGUAGUCUGUCUAUACAGUAUGAAUGGUGCUCUAUGGUGUAGUCUGUCUAUACGGUAUGAAUGGUGCUCUAUGGGGCAGUGUCUGUCAAUACAGUAUGAAUGGUGCUCUAUGGGGCAGUCUCUAUGUCUAUACAGUAUGAAUGGUGCUCAAUGGGGCAGUCUGUGUAGUGUGUGAAUGGUGCUCUAUGGGGCAGCAUGAGCUGAGAUUAGGAGCACACUCUUAAAGGGGCUCCAUGCAAGAUCUCACCUUGUGGAGUUACAAUGAUCAUGAGAACGGUGAGGAAUCAGCCCAGAACUACACGGGAGGAUCUUAUCAAUGAUCUCAAGGCAGCUGGGACCAUAGUCACCAAGAAAACAAUUGGUAACACACUACGCCUUGAAGGACUGAAAUCCUGCAGCACCCGCAAGGUCCCCCUGCUCAAGAAAGCACAAAUACAGGCCUGUCUGAAGUUUGCCAAUGAACAUCUGAAUGAUUCAGAGGAGAACUGGGUGAAAGUGUUGUGGUCAGAUGAGACCAAAAUCGAGCUCUUUGGCAUCAACUCAACUCGCCGUGUUUGGAGGAGGAGGAAUGCUGCCUAUGACCCCAAGAACACCAUCCCCACCGUCAAACAUGGAGGUGGAAACAUUAUGCUUUGGGGGUGUUUUUCUGCUAAGGGGAUAGGACAACUUCACUGCAUCAAAGGGACGAUGGACGGGGCCAUGUACCGUCAAAUCUUGGGUGAGAACCUCCUUCCCUCAGCCAGGGCAUUGGGUCGUGGAUGGGUAUUCCAGCAUGACAAUGACCCAAAACACACGGCCAAGGCAACAAAGGAUGGCUCAAGAAGAAGCACAUUAAGGUCCUGGAGUGGCCUAGCCAGUCUCCAGACCUUAAUCCCAUAGAAAAUCUGUGGAGGGAGCUGAAGGUUCGAGUUGCCAAACGUCAGCCUCGAAACCUUAAUGACUUGGAGAAGAUCUGCAAAGAGGAGUGGGACAAAAAUCCCUCCUGAGAUGUGUGCAAACCUGGUGGCCAACUACAAGAAACGUCUGACCCCUGUGAUUGCCAACAAGGGUUUUGCCACCAAGUACUAAAUCAUGUUUUGCAGAGUGGUCAAAUACUUAUUUCCCUCAUUAAAAUGCAAAUCAAUUUAUAACAUUUUUGACAUGCGUUUUUCUGGAUGUUUUUGUUGUUAUUCUGUCUCUCACUGUUCAAAUAAACCUUCCAUUAAAAUUAUAGACUGAUAAUUUCUUUGUCAGUGGGCAAACGUACAAAAUCAGCAGGGGAUCAAAUACUUUUUCCCCUCACUGUACACAUGCGCCAAUUUAAUUCCACUAAAUUAUGCAAAUAUAUUUCCAUCAACUGGUAUUUCCAUCAAUGAAUAGGCUAAAAAGCAUUAUUUCCCAAUUUGAUAUUUUUUAUUCUCCUGGAUAAUUGGCCGGUGCCAAUUUUAUUUAUGGGCUUUUCUAUUACUUAAUGGCCAAAAGCCAGCUGUUACCGGCUAACGGAAACCCUAGUUCAACCAUAAUACUAACUGUUAUUCAGCAAUGAGCUUUAAGCGAUCAUGGUGACAUGCAGAGACUAAUGGGCCUUUCUUUUCUCUCUGUCUCUCUCUGUCUCCUCUGUCUCUCUCACUCUCUCUCUCUGUCUCUCUCUUUGUCUCUCUUUGUCUCUCUCUCUCUCUCUCUCUCUCUCUCUCUCUCUCUCUCUCUCCUCUCUCUCUCUCUCUCUCUCUCUCUUCUCUCUCUCUCUCUUUGUCUCUCUCUCUCUCUCUCUCUCUCUCUCUCUCUCUCUGUCUCUCUUUUGUCUCUGUCUCUUUGUCUCGCUCUCUCUCUCUCUCUCUCUUUGUCUCUCUCUCUCUCUCUCUCUCUCUCUUUGUCUCGCUCUCUCUCUCUCUCUCUCUCUCUGUCUCGGUCUCUCUCUCUGUCUCUCUCUGUCUCUCUCUCCUCUUUGCCUAUUUGUCUCUCUCUCACUGUCUCCUCUGUCUCUCUCUCUCUCUGUGUCUCUCUCUCGGUCUCUCUCUCUCUCUGUCUCUCUCUCUCGUGUCUUUCUCUCUCUCUGUCUCUCUCUCUCGUGUCUUUCUCUCUCUCUCUGUCUGUCUCGCUCUCUCUGUCUCUCUCUCGGUCUCUCUCUCUCUCUCUGUUUCUCUCGUGUCUGUCGCUCUCUCGCUCUCUCGCUCUCUCUCUCUCUCUCUCGCUCUCUCUCUCGGUCUCUCUCUCGCUCUCUCUCCUCUUUGUCUCUCACUCUCUUUGUCUCUCUCUCUCCUCUCUGUCUCGCUCACUCUAUCUCUCUCUCUCCCUCCCUCCCAUCCUCUCUCCCUCUCUUCCAGACAUCUACAAGCCAGCCAUAUCUCACAGAGACCUGAACAGCAGGAACGUUCUAGUGAAGAACGAUGGGACGUGUGUGAUCAGUGACUUUGGUCUCUCCAUGAAGCUGACAGGGAACCGCCUGGUCAGGCCUGGAGAGGAGGAGAACGCUGCCAUCAGUGAGGUGAGUUGGUCCACUCCACUGACGGCCUCGGCACUGGGUCUAAACUCUAAACCGCCCUCAGUCUGCUUAGCCAACACUUGAUAGCUAAUAAUGUGAGUACUGCCUCAGCUCUAAGAUGGACAGACUUUAAACCCUAUUAGGGGGUUACUACUUCUAUAACUCUGGUUCUGUCUCUCUCCAGGUGGGAACAAUCCGCUACAUGGCCCCAGAGGUUCUGGAGGGGGCGGUGAACCUGAGGGACUGUGAGUCGGCUCUGAAGCAGGUGGACAUGUACGCCCUGGGCCUCGUCUACUGGGAGACCUUCAUGAGGUGUACUGACCUCUUCCCAGGUAAUAACCCCUCCCUGACCUCUAACCCUGGGCCUCGUCUACUGGGAGACCUUCAUGAGGUGUACUGA